AUGUCAGAGAAAGUAUUAUGCAAAUGUGGUUGGUGUUUAUCUAAAGAUCCAAAAGGAAUCAAGAUAACAAAACGUACAAAGCGUCAACAUGAACAAAGAUUUGAAGCAGUUGAGCUCGAUGAUAAUCACUUCGUAAAAGGAUUUUCAAAAAAAAGACCACGAGCUACAGCCCAGCCUCAUGGGUCUAAUAAUAAAAACACAGAUUCAGCGAUGAAUGUUCAAGAUAUAACUGAUACUGAUGACCACGAAUUACAUAUUGAAGUUGAUUCUGCAGAAUUCAAGGAUGACAAUGAAUUACAUAUCGAAAACGAAGUUGAUUGUGCAGAAAUUGAUUUUACAUUAUCUAUUGAAGAUGAUGAAGAUACAGAAUUUUGGAAAUCACCUAUAUUUUUUAAUGAAUUACCUAAUCAAAAUGAGGAAGAGCUUCUUACAGAUGAUGGAUGGGAAGAGUUUCUCACAAAUGAUGAACAGGAAGAGCUUCUCACAAAUAAUGAAAAAGGAAAGUAUAAAUAA